GAUCGUGUGGCAUCAAACGGAUAGUUUUAAGAUUUUAUAAGCCUUGUAGACUUUUGCCUAUUCGUCUUUGAGAUAAUUAUUAUAAAUGUAACGGUAUGAAAUGGGCAUAUGGAUAAAUCUGCAAAUCCAGACCCACACUCAUUAACAAGUAUUCUAUAGGAUUCGAGCCAAAGGCUUGGCAGAUUCAAGUGUAGCGACAGGUGGAACUCUUCCUAAUUCAAAUAAAGAAAAUUCUUAAUACGGCAAUCCACUUGAAGUGUGUCCAGACUAUCACCAAUGCUAAAUAAGUAUCAUACGUUUUGCAAAUCAACUUUGUAAUUCUUUAUAAAUAAUUUACUGUGAUCUUGCAAAGCUGCCAGCUAUGAGAAUAUGACAGCUCCUUGUGCUCGAAAACAAUAAUUUCGAUUGGUAAUGUUAAAACAGUAAGGAAUAAAGCUAAUGCCGGUGUUGAGAUUUGGGGAAUCCCGCUUAGUGGGAGAUUGCCAGCCGGUCUUAGUCAUCGCAGAGAUCGGCCAGAAUCACCAAGGUGAUGUCGAAAUUGCUCUACGUAUGAUUGAAGAAGCUGCCCAAGCUGGUGUCGACUGCGUCAAAUUUCAGAAGAGUUCUCUACAACACAAAUAUGCAGCCAGUGUUCUUUCUAGGAGGUAUGAUUCACCUAACUCGUUUGGAGAUACGUACGGUGAACAUAAAGCGUUCCUCGAAUUGCCCAAAAAUGCAUUUCAUCUGCUUAAAGACAAAGCCGCUAGUCAUGGGCUUCUGAUGUCAGCCUCAGCAAUGGACGAAGUUGCACUUGAUUUUCUCGUUGAAUUGGGUGUUCCCUUUAUUAAAAUAGGCUCCGGAGACUCGAACAACCUGCGGUUAAUCCACAAAGCUGCCAAAACCAAUAUUCCUUUGAUAAUAUCAACCGGAAUGAGCGACCUGUCUGCGGUGGAACGUCUGUACGAGGCGUCAUCAAAACCUCUCGGACUCCUGCAAUGCACGUCCGCUUACCCCAGCUCUCCUGCUGAUGCCAACCUCCGAGUGCUGAGUACUUACGCAGAAAAAUUCCAAGAUGCUGUAAUCGGGUUCGAUGUUCCAGGGUAUUCCGGUCAUGAAAAAGGGUUUGUUUCCACACUCGGCGCCGUCGCUAGGGAGGCAAAAAUCAUCGAAAGGCAUUUUACGUUGGAUAAACAGCUUAAAGGAAGCGAUCACCAGUGCUCACUAAAUCCACAGGAAAUGGCCGAAAUGGUCAAGCAGAUUCGACAACUCGAGCUCGCGUUAGGGUCGGCCCAUAAAACUUUUCUGGAUUGCGAACGUCCAUGCUUUGCUAAGCUGGGCAAAAGUCUUGUCGCUUCAAGAGAUAUUUGCCAAGGGGAAGUAUUCACUAUAGAGCAUCUCAGAGUAAAAGUCGUGGAGCCUCACGGGUGGUGCCCGCUCAAAGAGCAUCAACUUUUGGGAAGAAUAGCAUCCAAAUUUAUUAGCAAGGAUGGCCCCAUUACUGAAGAUUGUGUGCAGUAGUUUAAACAUAGCAUGUCUGAAUAUAUGUUUCAGAUUUUUUACUAUUUAGACAACGAGAUGUGUA